AUGGAUUGUGCUAAUCAAACCUGGAUCCAGAACUUUGUCCUGGUUGGCUUCACUCCUACCCCGUUCCUGCAACCAUUCGCCUUCCUGGGUGUGCUGUUCAUCUAUCUCCUCACCUUGGCUGGUAACAUGUUCAUCAUCGUCCUAGUCCAGGCUGACUCUGGGCUGGCUACACCCAUGUAUUUCUUUAUCAGCAUUCUGUCCUUCCUGGAACUCUGGUACAUCAGCACCACAGUGCCCACCCUCCUAUGCACAGUGCUUCAUGGGCCCUCACCUGUCUCUCCUACAGUCUGCUUCACUCAGUUAUAUGUCUUCCACUCACUGGGUAUGACUGAAUGCUACCUUUUGGGUGUCAUGGCCCUUGAUCGCUACUUUGCUAUUUGCCGCCCUCUCCAUUACCAUAGUCUUAUGGGUGGCCAGGUGCGGGUAUGGCUAGCAACUGCCUCUUGGGUGGCUGGCUUCUCUGCGGCACUCGUGCCCACCUGCCUCACUGCCUCAUUGUCCUUCUGCCAAGUGGAGAUUGCUCAUUACUUCUGUGACCUUGCACCACUUAUGCAUCUGGCAUGUGUGGACACUGCUUGGCAUGCCCGGGUCCAUGGAGCUGUGAUUGGUGUGGCUACUGGUUGCAAUUUUAUCUUGAUCUUGCUGUUGUAUGGGGGCAUCCUUAGGGCUGUGCUGAAGUUGCCAACAGCCACCAGUAGGGCUAAAGCUUUCUCUACCUGUUCUUCCCAUAUGAUGGUGGUGACCUUGUUCUAUGGCUCAGCCUUUGCUGUUUAUGUAGGGUCCCCAGGUGGACGGGAAGAGGGCUCAGACAAACUCAUUGCCUUGAUAUAUGCCCUGCUUACUCCUUUUCUCAACCCUAUCAUCUACACUCUACGCAACAAGGAAGUGAAGGAGGCUGUGAAGAGGGUUGCCCAUAGGUUUGGGGCAGUGCUGAAGGGCUGA